AUGGUGUCUUUCAUACUCUCGAGUCUUCUCAGCGUCUUCGCAGCCAUCGGCGGCGUGAUGUCUGCGCCUCUUAUGAGCACGGCACUUUCAGCCCGUGCAACACCUGCGGCCCCCCACUUCGUCAUUUACAGCGAUGAGUGGGUCUCUGGUGAGACCGGUCCUCCUGCUAUCAGCGAAAUCACAGGGUACAACGUCUUUGCCCUCUCGUUCUGGCUUACUUCCGGCCCAGUUGAUCAGGCUGAAGAGUGGGUUGAGCUUGACAAUGCCACACGAGCAUCUUACGUGACAACAUACCACGAUGCCGGGAUUUCUCUUAUUGUAUCUGCUUUCGGGUCCACGGAUACGCCUACGACUGACGGAUAUGAUCCUACAACCAUAGCCAAUGAUCUCGCGGCUUUCGUGUUGGAAUAUGAUCUUGACGGCGUUGAUAUUGACUACGAAGAUUUCGACGCCAUGAAUGCUCAGAAUGGAUCUGCAGAAGAUUGGUUGACCACUUUCACCCAAGUCCUUCGUGCAGCGCUUCCACAAGGUCAAUACAUUUUAACCCACGCACCUGUUGCUCCAUGGUUCUCCGCAUCGUACACCAGUGGUGCUUAUUUGACGGUCAACGCAAAUGUUGGGUCGUUAAUUGACUGGUACAAUUUCUACAAUCAGGGCACAACUGAGUACACAACGUGUACUGGCCUUAUUACAGAAUCGUCAACGGCGUGGCCAGACACUUCAGUGUUCCAGAUUGCAGCAGCAGGAGUAUCUUUAGACAAGUUGGUGAUCGGCAAGCCAGCCACCACUGCGGAUGCGACCAAUGGCUAUAUGAACACCACCUUACUCGCCCAGUGUGUGGAGAUGGCCUACGAGCAAGGAUGGGAUGCUGGUGUUAUGGUGUGGGAGUUCCCCGAUGCCGCAGCAUCCUGGAUUGAAGCUGUGCGGUCGCUCGCAUUCCCAGAAUAA